AUGGAAGCUGAAGAGGAAGGGGCAAAAAAACUGUCAGAAGUAAACUUUGAAAACUUACCUCCCAACUACCAUAAUGAGUCCAACACAGAAACCAGAAUUGGUAAUAAAACUGUUCAGACUCAUCAAGAAAUUGAUAAGGUUACAGAUAACAAAACUGGAUCAACAUUUUUUUCUGAGACAGUUAUUACAUCUAUAAAUGAUGGAGAAAACAAAAGAAAUCAUGAGUGUAUCAUUGACGAAGACUGUGAAACAGGGAAAUAUUGCCAAUUCUCCACCUUUGAAUACAAGUGUCAGCUCUGUAAAACACAGCAUACACAUUGCUCACGGGAUGUUGAAUGCUGUGGAGACCAGCUUUGCGUUUGGGGCGAGUGCAAGAAAUCCACUUCCAAAGGAGAGAACGGCACCAUUUGUGAGAACCAACAUGACUGCAACCCUGGAAUGUGCUGUGCUUUUCAGAAAGAACUGCUGUUUCCUGUGUGCACUCCAUUGCCUGAAGAAGGUGAACCCUGCCAUGAUCCUUCCAACAGACUUCUCAACCUGAUCACCUGGGAACUGGAACCCGAUGGAGUACUUGAGCGAUGCCCAUGUGCCAGCGGCUUGAUCUGCCAACCUCAGAGCCACAGCGCUACAUCUGUGUGCGAACUGUCCGCCAAUGAAACCAGGAAUAACGAAAAAGAUCCCUUAAUCAUGGAUGAGAUGCCGUUGCUCAGCUUGAUACCCAGAGAUAUUCUUUCUGAUUAUGAAGAAAGCAGCGUCAUUCAGGAAGUGCGUAAAGAAUUAGAAAGUCUGGAGGACCAAGCAGGUUUCAAGCCUGAGCCUGACUCAGCUCAAGACCUGUUUUUGGGAGAUGAAAUUUAAAGUCCAAACACCAGACAGUUUAGUUAGUUAUUUCUAGAAAUGUGUGUCUAGUGUCUCGCUUAUAUAAACCCUAAACACAUACUGCUGGAUAGAAGUGCAAUAAACAAGGUUUUCAAUGAGCAUCCUUUUCUGUGCACCAAACCUGCAUGUUCACAUU